AUGAGCAAGGUAAAUCCUCAAAUAAAUCUUUCCAAAAAGCCGAAGAAAGAUGGUGGCACUGGAAGUUAUGAAUCCGGUGGUACCACCUUUACGGUCAUUAAGAAUGAUACUGGUCUACCAAAGGGAUUCUUUAGGCAUGUUCAUAAGCCUCUUAAUGGACCAAUUACAUUAGAUAGAACACUCGCCACCAGUGGAGAUCAAAUAAGAGGAGGCUUUACGGGGAAAAAAAUAAGUUCCAUAGAUAAUGUCAAUGAGGUUUCGGUGUACUACUGGGAUGGAAAUGACAAUGUGCCUAUCCUUCUUGGAAUUACAACUGAGAAUGGUAACCCAGAAAAAACUAAGUACCACGGUAGGAGUGGGCCAGGUAAUCCUUGGAUGAAUGGUUUUGUACUAAGUCUGAGUGAAAAACAAGCCUUAGAUAAUCAGAACUGCCACAAUAAUAAUACCGUUGUAUUUAACAUACAGAAUCCUGAAUUUGGUACUCUUAAUGAAAAUUCUAAGAUAUCUAAUUGUAUAAGGGGAAAGAUAAAAACUUCAUACAUAAAACUUCCAUCCCUUCCUGGAAGCAAUUAUACUAUUAAAGAAUAUGCAAUUAACGGUGAUGCAAGUAUAUCUAGAGUGACGUAUGGAGGAAGAAGUACCGGUAUUACUCUUAACAAAGGCGGUGGAAUCGAUAAGGUUCGAGUCUAUUUUUCUGCGGGUAGCAUAGAAGUACCCCUUCUUGUUGAAUUUCUACAACGGGGAGGUGGAGAAUCAGAAUGGCACUAUACUCAAAAUACCGAUGGUAGAAACUGGACAGAAGUUGGUAAGGAAAAGUCAAAGACCUUUUAUAGUGGUCCGGAUCAACCUACUGAAAACCUGACAACUGAACUUGAUCAGAUAGCAUGUUCCAUAGGUAUUGGUGUUACCUUGGAUAUAUCCUAUCGGAAUUCUGAGACUCACGCUAGACAGAGUAAAAAGUAUUGUUGUGAUAACCAUAAAGAUAGAGUUACUGUUGCUUCUGGGAAGAUAAACACAGGUAAUCAUGGCCAUAUUAUGUACUACCAGCAUACCAUAGGUCAAAGGUAUAAUUUGGCUGCCAUUAAGUACCAUUAG